UUGGAACAUGGCGACCUGGAUUCCAUCGACACAAAGGCUCGUUAUCUUGCAUAUGGUGCCCGUCUCAGAACUCUCAUAGUGGCCUCAAGCCGUUAUCUUGCCUACACUUCGGAUAUCGGUGAAGCAUUUCGUCCAGUAGUAUCUCCUCUUUUGGUCAAGGCAGCCUAUGGUAUCAGUUGGGCAUAUCUUGGUUUGGAUGUUGGAUAUGAGAGUUACAAAGCAAUUCAGGCUGGAAAGGAAAACUCAAUUGUAGCCACAAUCGCAGUUAAGCGUGGUAUCUUCCAAGGUCUUGCUUCCAUGGCAUUUCCCAUGAUGACCAUUCACUCGGUUGUUAAAUACAGUGCAAAGGCCUUCAAGGAUGUCAAGAACCCAAAGCUUCGUGCUUGGGGCCCAACCUCGCUCGGUCUCUGCGUCGUUCCAUUCUUACCAUACAUCUUUGAUCAUCCAAUAGAGAUCCUGGUUGACCGUGCAUUUGAACCUAUCGAGGAU